AUGGGACUUCCGAUGGACCCCAACCUCGCCGAUAUUCAUGUCCCCAGCGGACCUACCUCGAUCCACCAGGCCGAGUCGUUUGAAGGUCUCACUCUACAGCAACUCAUUGCCCGCAAGGACAAUCUCGAGGCAGAACUGAAGGCUUUGGGGGCCGUCCUCGAUAGCCAUGGAGUCACCAUGCAGACAAGUCUGACCACAUUUGAUGGGUAUCCGAGAUCAGAUAUUGAUGUGGCGCAAGUACGAGUUACAAGAGCACGCAUUAUUGCACUCCGUAAUGACUGGAAAGCUCUGAUGGACAAAAUCGAGAAGGGUCUCCAUGAACAUCAUGCCAAGUACCAAGCCUCUGACGAAUACAAGAACUCACUGAAUCAGCCUCAAUCUCAACCAGCACCCAGUCCCGCACCAGAGCAGACACCCUCGGUUCCCGAGACCCCAUUUGCAAAAGUGAACAGCGUUGAGCCUGGGAGCCCGGCGCAUGAGGCUGGCCUGAAGGCUGGCGACCUGAUAAGGAGAUUUGGUUCUGCAAUAUGGUCAAACCACGAAAGAUUACGCAAAGUGGGGGAAAUUGUGAGCCAGAAUUUGGGACGGCCGAUCUUGGUCAAGGUCUCUCGUGGUACAGGAUCGGAGGUACAAGAACUGGACUUGAGGUUGACUCCAAGACAGAACUGGGGUGGAAGAGGCACACUCGGAUGUCACAUUGUUCCCAUAUGA